CCUCACUGCGCCGGUGACGCCAGCGCGGCCGGGGGAUGGCACCGCCCUCUUAAAGAGGAAGCGGUGCCGGGGCGCGCCCGGGUGGGGUGUGGGCGCCGCUGCCGGGAACCGACGGGGGCGGAGCUGAGGAUGGGCGAGCCCGUGACAGCUUCUACACUCGUCCGCUGCCUGAGCUACGGGCUCGUGAGGCGGCUGGCGGACUACAUCGACCCGCAGGAGGGCUGGAGGAGGCUCGCCAUGGAUAUAACAAAUCCGUCCGGUGAAGGCAGAUACAGCCAGAUGCAUAUAAGGAGAUUUGAGGCAUUUGUACAAAUGGGAAAGAGUCCUACAUGUGAGUUGCUUUUUGACUGGGGAACAACAAACUGUACAGUUGCUGAUCUUGUGGAUCUGCUGAUUAGAAAUCAAUUCCUAGCACCAGCAAGCCUGUUGCUUCAAGAACCUGUAAGGAUGCCACAAGAAGUUACAUUACCUCUUUCUUCACAGGAAACCUUGCCUAUACAUGAGAAACAACCACCUGUACAGGAAAAAGAAGCAGCAUCUAUAAAGCCUGUUUUAGCUCAGGGUACUGAGAAGCAACAUUCAGAUCCUUCCCACUUAAGUCAAAAAACCAGCAGUUCACAGUCCAGUAACACAGAUUUCCAUAAUUUUUUGUUUCAUGAUUUGGAAAGCAUUACAAAUAAUUUUGAUGCCCGACCAGAAUCAUCUGGAGGUAAUAAACUGGGAGAAGGCGGCUUUGGCGUUGUGUUCAAAGGCUACAUCAAUGGCAGAAAUGUGGCUGUCAAGAAGCUCGUUGCUAUGGUCGAUGUUAGUAUUCAGGACUUGAAGCAGCAAUUUGAACAAGAAAUAAACAUGAUGGCAAAGUGUCAGCAUGAAAAUCUAGUAGAAUUACUUGGUUUCUCAAGUGAUGGUGCUCAGCCUUGUUUGGUGUAUGAAUACAUGCCCAAUGGUUCAUUGCUUGACAGACUUGCUUGUCUGAAUGACACUCCACCAAUUUCUUGGAAUACAAGAUGUAAAAUUGUUCAAGGUACAGCAAAUGGCAUCAACUUUUUGCAUGAAAAUAAUCAUAUUCACAGAGAUAUUAAAAGUGCAAAUAUCUUAUUAACUGAUACCUACAUACCCAAAAUUUCUGACUUUGGCCUUGCAAGAGCAUCUGUAACAUUCACACAGACAAUCAUGACUGAAAGAAUUGUUGGAACAGCAGCCUAUAUGGCCCCUGAAGCUCUGCGAGGAGAGAUAACACCUAAAUCUGAUAUCUUCAGUUUUGGAGUAGUCUUACUGGAAAUAAUAACGGGUCUUCCUCCAGUAGAUGAAAACCGAGAGCCACAGUUACUGUUAAGUAUAAAAGAUGAAAUUGAGGAUGAGGAAGCAACUAUUGAGGAUUAUGUUGAUGAAAAGAUGAGUGACUGGGAUGUACCUUCAGUUCAUAAAAUGUAUUCAAUUGCUGAUCGGUGUCUGAAUGACAAAAAAAACAGAAGGCCAGACAUUAAGAUGCAGAGGAAGUGCCAUGGAGGGCAUUGGAAGAUCACUGUCCUUGGUGAAAUAGCCAACCUUUUGCACAUUAAGGAUCUGGAGAACAGUAACAUAAAAUGAGUUAGUCACCUCUAGAAGGACGUAUGAAUGAAUGAAAAAAAGCAAGACUGAUUUAUUGGAAUUCCAGGUAAGACUUUAGAAAACAAUAGCAAGAUGAAAGCAAAUGCUAAGGAUCCUAAGAAAGUUGCCUUUUUAAAAUAGAACCUGGUAGGAAGGGCAACAGUUCUCCCCUUAGUUAGAGCAGGAGGUAACAGAAUGGCUGUUGUGAGCCAGACCAGAGUUGUGUGCGCAGCCCUAGGGCCAGAACGUGAGCCAUUAGUGGCUGCUGAGGAACAAAAGCAAGGACAGGAUACUGCAAAGACAGAUACUGCACUGGAAUAUUAUGGCUUUAGACAAUUUGCAGCUCAGUAACUCUGAAAAGGAAGCGAGGUCUCUGUUAGUUAAGACUAUUAAAAUUUCUUUGAUCAGUUUGUCCAGUUGCCUUUUGAGCCAACACACCUUUUACCAGACAUAGUGCUUCAUAUUACUAACGUGGCAAGUGCCUCAUCUUCAUACUUGGGUGGCCCAGCUGGGAGUUUAUUUACCACCCACUGACCAAAAGGCAAAUAAAGCUGCUUCUGUUUUUCCUGGUCACAUAGAGGCCUAGCCUCUUCCUUCCUCUUGCCUUGUACCUGCUCCUCUUACAGCUCCAGUUCUAUAUAGCAUUUUGCAUUAAAAUUAUCUCUGAAAUCCUAGUUCAGCACUUCUUCAAAUGUCCUUCUUUCAAUUGCAAAAUUGCUGUAUCACAGAUUUCUCCAUGGGGAUGUGUUGGCAGGAUAGUUAAAAGCCAAACCACUAGAUGUUCUUUUCAGCUUGAAUUUUCAGGACAAUAGGAGGUCUUCAAAUUAUUUUCGGUUUAGACAAAAAUUAAUGGAACAACAUAAUUUGAGCAGUUUCAUUAUAGUAGCUCAUGCUGAGCAAGUAACAACAGAUAGAACUGUUAAAUCACCACUUAACUACUUCAGCAUUUUAAAAGGACGGAAGAACUUUUUGAAGGGGCUUAUUACUGAAAGGAAGAAAACCUCAAGUGAUGAACACACUUGAAUACUGCUGUGGAGCCCUCUGUGCUGCUUCCAUAAGGCAACAGGAAAGUAUCUGUUUCUAACAUGGUGAUUUUUCUCCAAUAGCAGGAAUUCUCUUUCUACUCACCUCCUUUUUUAUACCUUGCAAUCACUUUCUAGUCCCAUAGGAACUGCCUUUUGCACAUUCUGAUGUUAGAAUAUAGAUCUUUGUUAAAGACACCAUGAAAUGAUUCAGACACCACCAAACUAAAGCAUCAAUCUUUAUUUAUAAAGCAAAUUACAAAACAGAUAUGGUAAACUUAGUUCAUUUUAGCAUCUGAAGGUGGUUCUCACUGAAUACACAGACACUGUAAAUCAAGAGUUUCCUUUAUCAGUUUAUCUGAGCAAUAGAGCAAUUAUGACCUUGAUUAGUUUAACCUUUGAUAGGAGUGUUUUAAAAGAUCAAAAUCUCAUGACCUUGCGACAUAAACAUUUAAAAAAUAAUUACCUGUUGUAUUAAUUAACUGUUUAAUAGCUUGUGAGUUAACUGCAAGCAGCUGCAUUGCUUUUGGGCUUUCUGAAGGCCAACAAUUUGAAUGGACACUUUCAAUUAUUUAAUGACCAGAGACACUUAAAGGAAUAACACCAAUUAAUGCCCACAUUUUAUGCUGGCUCUGAACAUUCAUUAAAAGUAAUGGAGGCAACUAUGCAGGAGUAAACUUGAUAGAUUUUAGGAAAAGAUCAGAUGCUUCUCAUUGCUUUGUCAGGAAAACAGGCCUGGAGAGGCAGCCGGCAGCGCAAGACUUCAUACGAUUCUCUUUUUGGGGAAAGGUGAAGGGGAAACAUGCUGGUUGGUCAGGGGUUUGUAUACCCCCACAGAAUAUUUUCAAGUAAAAUAACUUAGAAUGUCUGGUUUGGGCUGAACUCUAAAGCAGCUCAUCAUAAAGGCCGUUGCAUAAUCACUUAACCAGCUCUCAUCGUCCUCCAGAUUAAGUUUUCCACCUUCUAUUCUCAUCUACCUAGGGCAGGAUUAGGAAAAGAAACCCAAACAAACCCCCCCCACAACAUGCACAUAACUGUAUAGUGUCAAACUGAUCAUUAUUUAAAACAUUUAGUAUUAAAAAAUUGAACUUCUUUACUGGCUAAAGAAAGCGUAAAGAUGCACUCUUGCUAUGGCUGGCACAUGGGCAGGAAUACUAAAUUCUAACAAAAAACUCUCUAGCAGUAAUUUUUAACUGCUUCAAUCAAAGGUUUUCUUAAAACUAAACCAAACAAAAAACCCAAAGUGAAUUAGGUGUGCUGCAAAGAUUCAGAGUUCAACUAAAAAUACAUUUAAUUACAGUGUACAAUGAGCUGCACACAGUAACCAUAUUUAAAAAACAAUUACACUUCCCUGACAUGUAGUACAUAGCAGAAUCACUUCAAAGACCACGUCCUUACCCUAGAGGGAGAAGGCAAGAGGCAGGAAAAGAACACAGUGGCUAAGGGCAAGCAGGAGAUUAGCUGAGGAUCUACUGAAUUGGACUGAUGUAGUGUGUAAGAUUAUUGAAAAAAGCUGAAAUGUCAAAUUUCUACUGCACAUAAAAAAACCACAGUAAAACCAACUAUUGCAAUCUUCACAUUAUAUAGUGCAAUCUCAGCUGUCAAUAACAAGCUAGUAUCUCUAAACAAAAUAAUAGAUAAAACAAAUUUUAUCAGGAACUAGUAGUGUCAAAGAAUUAUUUCCCUGAAAAACCUAGGUUAAAAACUGUCUUCCACCAGCUAAACACAUGAUUCAGCUCUAUAACGUGUAUAUCCAGCAGCUAUGAUAAUACGCAGUGAACCAAGACUGGCAACUCCCAUGUAGCUUUAAAAAACCCCAAACUGACAAAACUCAAAAACCACAGAGCUCACAUACAAGACACUAAAAUGCAAGUCCUCACUGGAGAAUAUAAUCUAUCACUAGUUUUUGCCUCAUCACACAAUUUUAAAUAUUUAAGGUCAUCCAAUACUUGAUUUCCACAUCUAAUUCUCCCUUAGUCCACUUAUUAAAAUAAUCUAUUUUACCUCUUCCUAUUAAACACAUUACUUACAGUUCAAUCAAGUUUAGACUAUUCUGGCUGAUUUUAGUAUUUUGGAGAAGGGAAGCAGGGAGGGAAAAAACCAGACAAAAUCCUAACCAGGUGCUUGCUGCCAGCAGUUAUUCAAGACCUAGUUGGAUUUCAGUUACUAAUAAAGUUCAAACACUUAGGAAAAGUCAUUUUCAGUUAAUACUGCAAACACAGUAAGAUCUCAAUGAUAACUCACCAUUAUGAAGCGAAUCUAUUUCAAUGUUUACUGAAUUUACACAUUUUUAGAUUUGAGUGCACAGAUAAUUAGAUACUUUAGGCAUAUUGCUUUGAAAGCAGCUUCAUAAUCUACUGAGUAUACUAACUCAUGCACUUUUAAUCACCUUUUACUUGGUCAUUCAGUACCUAAUAUGUAAGGCUUCGGAGUGAUACGUAAGACUGGAAAAGCUAGUGGUUUUUAUGUUAGAUUUCCUUAAAAGACAAUUCCAUGAAAUUAGUUAUAAAUUUGAGAUGACCAAGCGUUUGCAUAGGAAAAUACCCAGCUACUCCUGAAUACUUACAUUAAUUUAACGAUAACUGAUUUUUAUCUUUUCCAUUACAAGAAAAAAACAAAAGGAACAAAACCAAACCAAACAACAACAAAACCCAACAAUGCAUCCUGUCAAAAUCAGAGGAAAACCUUCUACUGUACUGAUGUCCAUAAGUGCUACAAGGAAAAAUAAAGAUUUAAUUGGGACAAUGCUAUGUCAUCUUUAUCUCUUCUCACAUGGAAAGUCUUACAUGUUUCAAUAGGCUGUGCAUAAGAAUACGGCUGCAACUUGCCCACAGAAUACAUGGGUUUCAUAGUCUUAUGUCUGUAAAGUUUAUGAUCACAUGUACAACUAUUAAAUAAUGGAUUCUAAAUUAAAAUAAAGGGGUACUAGCUUAGUCUUACUUUUCUAGCUUUAAAAUAAUUAGCUCUUCUACAUGUCAUAAAACAUGGUCAACAAAUAUAAUCAUGUAACAAUAUAAAAAGUGUUGAGGUCAGAAAAGAGAAGAGUAAAAAGAGCCUUUUUCCCCACUAGAAUCUAUUAAUGGAAUGAUUUCAGUUCAUUACCAAAAGCCAGAAAUUAGUUUCCUACUGUAAUAGUUUAACAAAUAUAAACAAGUUUCUAAUCACUAGGUGUUUCAGUCUCUGCUGGACCUCUGAUCAGUCUUCGUAUUCCCCUCUUCCCCGCAGGACCUUUUGGUUUAGCAAAACUCUGUUUGUAAGCAUGUUGUUUUGGAUGAACUUCUUCAUAAAGAAAGUCAGCAGUUAACUCAUCACCAUUAUCAAUUUCAAUCUGGCAGGAAAAAAAACAACAUUUAUCAUACUCAUAUUAAAGUCAAACUUAAAAAAUAUUUUGAAAUUUUGCUGAAACUAAAUACUAUAUUAAAACCGUAUGUGCAAUAAUGUUCAAAGUCAUAGCAUGGAAAGUUCUCCAACUUGUGCCUAAUGCCCUGAGAAAUCUUGGAUAGUUUUUCUGAGAAUCCCCUUGAUUCUUACCUGUAUUAAGUGUGACUUAAUUAUUUUCCUGAAAUAUAAGCACAACUACACAGUACAUCUGCCAAGAAGAAACUGGUUUUGUCUCAAGCUUUAGCACAGUGCACCUGUUAACACUAACCAGGAGAACACAUUCCAUGUAAAACUAGUGCUUGUUUACUUGUUUUAAGUAUUCACACAUUUUAAGAAUUAAAAGUUUUCACUACAACAUGCUUUAAACACUAAUUGUAAAAGCAAUGUGCAUACAUUUUUGUCUCUUGAGAAAGAGGGGAAGGAGUAUAAACAAGCUUAUAUUAUUAGCUGGCUACUGCCACUCAGCAAGUAUUCAAGGCAGGGGAAAGGUAAAAUAAAUUUAAUGAACAAAAUGGAGGAGUGGGUGUUUUAAUUUUCAAAAUUUAGACAUCUGAACCCAAAUAGAAAGAAAAUAGUGUUCUCAAGCCAAACUCCACUGUUUUGAAAUGCAAGAAUUUAAAAUUCAGAGAAAUGCUUUGGCCCUACUCUGCUGAGCAUUCAACACUUCAUGCCCUGCCAACUGUAACACUUAACAGACUUGCCAGCCACAGUUUUGCUGUUACAAGUACAUGCCUCAGAAAUUUCUGUCUACAGGAAUUUUCAGGAGUCACAUGGUGCAUUUAUUUUGUUGUAGAAAGAAAGUUUCUGAGAAAUAAUUAAAUAUAAAAACACAUAGCAAUAAUCUAUGUAAUUGAUGUCAUCUCAGUAAAAAUGGUUAAUAUUAACUCUGCUAUUUUUUAGAUAAACAUCUCCACAGAAACCAAGCUCUCGCACAAAUGUUAAGAAAAUAACUGUAGGUCACAACUGGACCAUUUCUGUGGUCUCUGCUCUGGAGGUGAGAAGCAACUUUUUGCAUAGCAGUACAAUCCAUACAGUGUGAAAAGAUCAGCUUACUUGAAAAUCCUUGUUUGCCUCAUCAAGGACUCCUAAAAUAGCAGUUCUAAUUUCCAGAACUGCAGCUUGAAAUUAUUUUGAAAAUCCUUACAUAACCUUGGCUUUAAGGGAAUUUAGUUUUCAACAACAGCAAUAUGUUGUGCUCCAAAAUAUGACUCGGCUUUGAGUAAGAAAUCAUGUUAGUUCUUCAAAGUACACUCAAACACUUCCUUGAUGCACAAGGAUGUACUUGUUAAAGAUCUGAAAGUGCAGAAAUUAUGAAACAGAGAAAAGCUUCCAAGACUUAACUUUGUAUCUGGAGCUUCAUCAACAAUUAUUUCCUGUUCAGGAUAAACUUUAAUAGUUACAGAACAUUUUUCAUUGUUUAGAGAAGGUGGUGACAGAGACAAUUACAGUUUUACAUGAAGAAGUGAAGAGAGGGAUGGAGAAACUACCUAUACACCCCAAUGCACUUACCUUUCUAAUUAUCUGCAUCCACAACUGUGUUUCUACAAUUUCUAACAGUGGACUUUUGCAACUAGAGUAGAGCAUUCGUUCUCGUAUACUACAGGUAUACCCUGGCAUAGAGUAGAUGAAAACUGCAGGGAAAAAAACAAACAAACCACAAAUCAAACCGUAACUACACUCCAUCAAAGCUUUAUCAUAAAAUCAUUUACAGCAGAGAGGCAUUGGAAAUCAGCUAUGCAGUCUGAAACAGAAAAAUGUAACACCAUUCUGGAUCUUUUUUGCUUCAGCAAGUGUUUAAUUUCAAAUGGGGGAUAAGAGAAUGGCCGGUAUUUAUGUUUUGACAUUUAUGGGUGUUCAUAAUCCAAAGGGAUAGCUCAUUACUUCCCAAACAUAAGGACUCUCCUUCACAAGACACUUUCACAACCAAAUGACUCUGAAAUUUACGAUCAUGCUGACAGAUUACUUCUAUGACACAUCUUUCUCUGCCUCAAAAUUCCUAAAGUAUUUGAAACAAGCCAAUGAAGUUUCAUAUUGAGAAAUUUUCUCAUACUUAUGGAUUCCAAAUAGUCUCCUUCAUGUGUGUGCUUAUACAGGAAAAAGUGGUAACGCGCAGCAUCCUUUGGAACUCUUUUUGGCAAGUCCUUAAGUUCAGUAUCAAGUGUGUUGGCCAAAAUAAUAGUUUCAUUUUUCAUAUCAAUUUGCUGUUAACAAAGCAAACAUGAAUACAGUUAAUAGGCAGAAAGCAAACCAGAGAACAUAACAGGAUGAAAAAAAUUUUAUUUAAUCUAAUAAGAGUAAUUUAUCAGUGUACUACAGCAACACAUGUUUAGCAUGCAGGUAAUUUAUUUUAUACUCACUAUUAAAAAAUAGUUAAAAUAUUUUAUACUUGCCAGCUGUACAUAAUUGAGUUUCUUAUUUUUCAAUUUCUCCAAAGCCUGAAUAGCUUCUUUAGCAAUGGGGAAUGCUACUCCUUGCAGUGUUUGAUGCUUGGUGUCCACACCAACGUCUGCCUGUACCUGGAACGCAAGUUAACUGAGAUGUUAAAAGAAACCUUUGCAAGCAUUCGUUUGGUUUCAUACAAUGACUGGCAAUGCAUUGCAUAUGGUUACACACAGAGUUAGCAGUAGCUAUUCCAGAGUAAAACACCUCAAAAAAAUCAUCCCUAUAUACAAGAGAUUUGCAUUUUUUAAUUUACAGGUCAUGUUUGUUUGCUAACCUGAGAAGUUUCAUAUCUCUGAAAUGGCUCUGCUUAGCAGAGCAACAAAAUCAUCAGAGGGAAAACUGGUUCAAGUGUCAGUGAAGAAGCCCUAAGUUAAAUUCUGGUAUAAAGAUACAAUAAUCCAGGAGGAAAAAUCUUGAUUUUCAUAUGCUGUUUUAUACUUUUGAACUGACGAUAUUGUUUAUAAACUUUGUUGUAUAGUGAAGAAUUUUAGAUCAAAACAUAGAUUUGAUUUCUAGGGAGUCAAAAUUUUUGGAGGAACAGAGAAAUUAUAUCUUAUGAGACAAACUGAUCUUCUUGAAAGAAAAGAACAACUAUUCCCCCUCCUGCUUCAACACCCCCCCCAAAAAGCCUAUACCAAAACCAAAGCAAACAAAAUAAACAAACAAAAUCUUCAUUUCUUAAGGAUUAGACCUUCUAGAAGGUCUAGCACAAAUUAAAAUUCAGCACAAGCUAAAAAAAUUUUCAUAAUCCAGUUACAUUAGGCACAAAUUAUUUGAGAGAAAAGGACAGUUAAUUUAAAGCCAUUUUUCAAGAAUUUAUGUUUAUCUUAAUAUUCAUGCAGUUUCUCUUAAAAUGACCUCUGGCCUCCAAUAUUCUCCAUUCUUAAUUUAUUGUCUAAGUACUAGCUUUUGAAUACAUUAACUUUCUUCUAUGAUUUCUCAAAUACAUUAAACAUUGAUUAUGAAGGAGCAAAAGUCAGAAAAGUGUACCAGAUAGAAAGUGUGGGUCUUAGAUCUAUCAACUAGAUCUAUCAACUUAUUCAGCUUUAAUUAAAAAGAGAUGCUAAUGAAGUAUGAAACAAAAUGAUAAGAAAAAUAAAAAACAAAGGUACUUGUAGCAACACUAGAUUAUACUCCAGAUUUUGAAAAACAACUUGUCAGCAACAAGGAAAGAGGAAAAGAAAGCAGGUGGAGAGCUUACUUUUGUAUAAAGAUUGAUAAAUUUAUGAAUUAGGUUAUAGAAAAAAAUAUUUGCAAAAUAUAUCUGCAUAAAACCCUGAUCAGUAAAUGUAAAAUUGGCAUCACAAAAAUAAUAAACUGUAAUAAAAUACCAUACUAUAGAAACCACAUUAAAAUACAAUUACAAAAAAAAAAAAAUGCUUCAAACUUAAAAAUGAACUGUGAAGUGUGAGAGACAGGCAAGGGAAGAAAGUAACCCAAUAUAACUCCAGAUACAAGAAAACAAACAAAACCUACUUGUUCAUACUGCAACAUAUUUCAGACCUUUAAAGCAAAACAAAACCACCUAAGUUGAUUAUGUGUAUUUAAAUUCACACCGUAAGAUUUAGUUAGUGAUGGCUGCUGAGUGGUGGAUAAAAUGCCAGAUGAAAUUUCCUGUGAAUAAAUAUAAAAUAAUGUACGCAGGAGGAAAAAAAAACUUCUCUUCUACCUCUCUGGUAAUGGCGUUGAGCUAGCUACUACCAUUCAGGAGCCAGACCUUGCAGGUCAUUCUGAAUAUCUCUGAAAAUAACCCCAAGCAAAACAAAAACCAAUCCCGAACACUCCCAACCCACAAAUGAAAUGUUACGAAUUGUUAGAAAAAGAGAACAGAACACAUCAUUACGCACUGUAGAUAUCAGUAACAUGCCUGCAUCUUGAAUACCACAUGCAGUUCUGGCUUCCCCAUCCCUCCAUCUCAUAAAUUAUAUAGCAGAACUGGAAAAACUGCAGAGAAAAGCAAAAGGAUGAGAAGUAUGGAGUGCCUUCUUGAGGAGGAGGAACUACCUAGAUUAGGACUCUUCAGCCUGGAAGAGAUAACUGAUAAGGAAUAUGACAGAGGUCCAUGGAUAUAGAAUCAUAGGACAGUUUGGGUUGAAGGGACCUUUAAAGGUGAUCUAGUCCAACACUCCAGCAGUGAGCAGCAACAUCUUCAAAUAAACCAGAUUGCUCCAAGCCCUCUCCAGCCUGACCUUGAAUAUUUCCAAGGAUGGGGCAUCUACCACCUCUCUGGACAACCUGAGCUAGUGCCCUACCACACUCAUUGUAAAAAAAUUCUUGCUCAUAUCUAAUCUGAACCUGCCCUCUUUUAGUUUAAAACCACUAGCCCUUGUUCAAUUGCAACAGGCCCUGCUAAAAUAUCUGUGCCCUUUUUUAUAAGCCCCCUUUAAGUGCUCUGUAAGAUUUCCUUGGAGCCUUCUCUUCUCCAGGCUGAAUGACCACAACUCUCUCAGCCUUUUGUCACAGGAGAGGUGGUCCAGCCCUCUGAUCAUUUUUGUGGCCCACUCCAACAGGUUCACGUCUUUACUGUGCUGAGGACCCCAGAGCUGGAUGCAGUGUUCCAGGUGGGAUCUCACCAGCGCAGAGUAGUGGGGGAUGAUCACCUCCCUUGACCUGCUGAUCACACUACUUUUGGUGCAGCACAGGAUACAGUUGGCUUUCUGGGAUACAGCUGGCUUUAUCUAAGGGGAGAAGGAAACUGAGGAUUGACUUAAAGACUUUUCUUUGCCUUCCCCACACAAUCUGUAGGGUUAACAGAAUAAAUUAGUAGAUAGCAAUCAAUGGUUCUUUAUUUACAUAGUACUCUGUCAAGCUGUAGAAUAUGCUGCCAUAGGAUCUGCAGCCAACAAAAACUUUAUGUGGAUUUAGAAAAAUGACAAGUCUAGAUGAUGGAUGAAAAACCCAUUAAGAACAAUUAUAUAGUAACACGUCAUCUUUUGUGCAGGAAGAUCCCUCCCUGCAAAUGUUGAGACAAAAAAGAGUAUUUAAAGUAAUUAUCAUGGCCUUCUUGCCCUGCUCUUACAUGCUUCCUAGGUUUCUGCCGUUGUUCACUCAAGGACUUGACAACAGACUAGGUGAUCCUUUGAUCUGACCCAGUAAAAUAUUUCUUACGGUAAUUAUGAAAGAAUAUACAUAUGGAAAACUUUUUAAAAUCAGAAAGCUUUUCGUUUUCUAAGUCCAAUUACAGGCUUUGUAAUGGUGGAAACAAUAAAGAGAAAAAUAACGUAAAUUGUGAGACGUUUCAAACAAAGCCAAAAUGGCAGCAAUCUUUAUGUGUUUAUCAGUUUAUGUGUCUCUGAAAAGCACAGCUAUUGCUGUUAAAGUUUCAUAAUAACACAUGAAGUUUUAGUCUGGAUGAAUCAGCUGUUAACCGCAUGGUAUGUAGUGCAUAAGAGAUAAUACUAAUAUCAGAGGUGAUCACCGAUCCCACUGAAGUUUUUCAUUCAUUAAAUUUAUUUUUUAAAAGCUGAUCAAGUAAAAUGCACUGUUUGAUGAUGGUGAAUGCAUUUCUACAUCGAAUUAAUUAAAACCAGAAAUGAAAAAUAACGAAAGACACUACUGGGAAAAAAGUCAAUAAACAACAAAAGCUUCAGCAAAAGCACAGUAGAGUGAAAACAUAAGAGAAGAUACACAGCUGAAUUUAACAUGAUGGUUUCCCAGUAUCCAGCUGCAGAAAUAAAUCAUACUUCAAAUACACGUACCACAGCUGUAAAAUACAAGUUUCGAAAACAAACAAGGUCAGCACAUGACCUAUUUUAAUAUGCAUCUGUACACAAACAGUGAUUAAGUGAAGGAAAAAUGUGAGAAAAAGAAUCCUCUGAAACUUUUCAGUCACUAGCUAGCUGGCAAUCAUCAAAUUAUUUGGUUAAAAGCACUUGUUAGAGGUUUUUCUAAAAAGUGUUCAUAGCGUAAGCAAAUCAGUCUCUUAAAAAGACUUGGAUUGGAUUUCUAUUUUAUUUUUAUUGGAAUUCACUUCCUCUCAGUCUUAAAGAUAAGUGCACUGGUGCUGGAAGCUAGGUAUCUCUCCUUUAGGAAUAAGAUUGCUGAAAUACUCCUGGCAAUCAUUCACUGCAAUAGUUGCUAUUUUGUGUUUUCUCUACAAUUUCUGCCACCAUGGGAAAUGUAUGUGGACAAUCACAGAAUGGCUGAGGUUGGAAGACCUCGCCAGAGGUUUAUCUUGUCCAACCACCCUGCUCAGUCAGGGCCACCUACAGCCAGAUGCCCAGUUCUCUGUCCAAACAGCUUUUGAGUAUCUCCAAGAUGGAGAUUCCAUAACCUUCCAGGGCAACCCAUGCCAGUACUCUGUCACCCUUCCCGAGGAAGCACAUCCAGUGAUAUUAAAAGCCAAUGCUGCAACAAUUAAGCUCUGCAGUUGCCAAGCCUCUGAUUCAGACAUGAGGCCUUUCAAACUCAGCAAGAUCAUGCCACUCCAACUCGAGUCAUCAUCAUCCUGCAGUUUCAACUCCUUGAGAAAUAAAUUUAUAUUCUCAUCCACUCACACUUCCUAAAACUUUCCAUUUUCUGCUCUGCCUUUUUUUACCCUAGAAAGACAUUUCCCUACAACACAUUUGGAACUCUGCACCCUGUUUCCCACCCAUGCUUGAAGAUGUUCUAGGUACCUCAUUAAUCUUAAUUUGUCGAAGUUCCUCUUCUGCUGCAGUCAAGGGUGCAGGGGAGGAUUGUGAUAUCAAAUAUUUUUUAUAUCCACUCAGUGAAACAUCAUCCUGAAAGCACAAUAUCAAUAUUGAACAUUUUUUUUUUAUAAUAGAUAAAUAGUUUUCUUCAAAGAUUUUCUAUGCAGCAGUACAAAAAGCAGUUAUUGUCCAUACAUUUAUGAUCAUUUUAUUUGAACAGAAUACAAGUGUAGGUGCAUUUGCAAAUUCAGCUCAUCCACAACAGAGUCCUCUGUGCUGUUCUUGUUUUACCAUGGGUAGCAUUUCCACAAUCAGUCCUUAAUUACCUUGCUAAUUAAAAAAUUAGCAUUAAUGAAGACUGUGUCCAUGAAGUUCUUCAGCCAUCUUGGACAAAACCUCACAGAAUUGCCACAAUUCUAAUAAAUAAUUAAAAAACCUAUUUUGUUAUAAAAUUUACAUGCUCAAACUGGUAGCUUAUUGCUAGUUUUCUACCUAUGAAAUGGGAGACAGAAAUGCUACCUUAGGUCAGGGAGUAAGCACCUGAUACUGCAAAUAGUUUAAGAUGUGACAUCACAGGAGCCUUUAAUUCUGAUAAUCACUUUUAUUAUUACUCAGUGAUGGUUGUGUCCCUCUACAAAGGGGUUGAUACCACAGGCAAAUGCUGUUUUGUUUUUAUUAUUAAGGUGGCCACUCAGAAAAGGGCAGGACUUCAUGCAAUCAUAGGAAUGUGAUUUUAUACUGAAGUUCUGAGAAGAGAAAGCUCCUUCUUAGUGUUUCCCCUUCUGAAAGAGACAGACUUUCCCAAAAACAAUUUCCAGUGCCAAUAUUCCAUUAUGCCUUGUUUCAGAAGCCCAGAGGUACUGAGGUUAAUACAUGUGAAUUAGCAGGUGGUACCAUAACCAGGUUCCACCGGGAUUAAGGACCUGGUUGCAACUAAACCAUCCUUACGUUGUAACAUGCUGGAUGGUGAUGAUCAAGAUUCUGAGUGAACUUAGAGACUUGAAUACUUUGAAGAAGCUGUGAUUUUCACAUGGAUGUACAUUAAAGGCCAGCUACAAUUAAGAAGCUUAUAAAGCACUGAAACCAACAAUGUAGAGACAUAUAAGCUGCAACAUAAUGAGCUGGGAAAAAGUGAGCUGCAUCAAUGCCAUCCUCUAUGUGCCCCGGGCCUAUUUUGAAAUAACAGUAAGACAAAUGUAAUGCUCCUUUCUUACAACUGAGAUUGAAACUCAGACUUGUAGGGAUAGACACAGAUUCUACAUAUUGCAUGAAGUGCUAAUGGUUUGGUGCAAGUGGUGGUGAGAGAUUAGUUGACUGAACAACAAAAAAAUAACGACCUCUACCAGUAAACCCUCUUAGCAACUUGGUUAUCUACUUCCCUAGAAUACAGCCUCUCCAGAGAGGUUUAUUUGCAUGUUUGUUAGGAUAAUGAAGCCUCCAUGACAGGUUAAUGCUAAAUAUAACAAACUACUCAGUGAGCAGCAGAAUUACUAGCCUCACGUCCACCACAACAGCCCAUCUCUCUUUCACAGGCUUUUUCCCACUACAAUAUCCUCUAUUCUUCCCCAAACUUCCAACUCCUUCAUUCCUUCAGCACCAGCUGCCUGUCAAUAGUGGCGGUGCUUUGGUUCAGAUUUUUCAGAUGAACUGAUUAACAGGUCAGACAGAAAAUAACUGAUGCAGUCUUUGCUGAAACAGGAACUGAGUAAUUAUAAUUUGAAUCUCUGUGUAAUCUCAGUUCUUAUGAAAACUAUGAGAAUUCUUUAUCUCUGAGAAUUCUAAGUUGUAUUUCUUUUAAAACUGGCAAUGGAUUAAGUCAGAACUGUCUGACAUCUGCUUGACAAACAGGCAGACAUCACAACCAUGUAAAACUUGUUUCUCACAGAAACUAAGGUAAUAGCCCCAUAUUUCCCUACGUGCACAGCACUUGCAGCCUUUGCAACAUCCUUUAGACACUUGUUAGAUUUCAUAUAUGCACCCUCCAAUUAUCUUACCGUAAGUGAACAAUCAACUAUUAGUAUUUUCAUUGAACAAAUCAGUAGCUACUAAAAGUCUGUUUCCCAAAGUCAAGAUGGCAGCCUUGCAUGUGAGGUACAUUCUAUGGCCAAAUCCUAAAGAACUGACAACUUUAUAGCCUUAGUUUAAGAGAAGAACAUUUGUUUUCAGGUGCUAGCUUACAGAUCACUGUUCUAGCCCAUCCAGAGCCACAUAUCUAAAGUGGCUUGUGUAUACAACCGGCCCAGAAGUUAGUGUUACAGCUUUCAGAGGACUCACAUACACGCAGUGAGAUUAAGAGAGGUGCCUAUUAUGUUUAGAUUAUUUAGUUUUCAUAACUUAACUAUUUGAAGCAAGGGCUUCUUAGCCUGAAGAUAUUACCUAUAUUUAGUAACUUGUCCAAAUGAGAUCAAAUACACUUGAACACUGUAAUAAUACACACAGCUUUUAAGUCUUUUUUUUCCUUAAUCAAAAAAGAGCAGAAACACCCCAAAUUCAUACCAGUAAUAUCAGCUAGUACAUUUAGUAUUUAAAGUCAAUGUCCUGACUUUAAAAAGAAAAACAUACCUGUACCGUUCCAAAUACUUCAUCCUUAAUGUGACCACCUCCAAAUUCUUUCUUAAGUGUUGCUCGGGUUGCUGCAUAUAACAUUUUCUGACGAACCUAGCAUAUAAUAAAAGAGUGGGGGUUUGAUUUGGGUACUUUUUUGCUCUUUGGUGUACAAAGAGAAUCUAACAUGGUGUACUAUGUCCAUUAACUAGUAUCUUUCUUGAACAAGUAUUUUAAAUGUUGGAAUUCACUAUAACCUGGUAGAGCUCUGGAUCAUGAUACUCACACGUGCUAUUAAAUUCACCAGGUCAUAAUACUAUGUAUUAUUAUCACAGUAAUUGCAAAACUGAAUUGCAGCUUUAGUAAGAGUAUGAGGUUUUUUUAAAGUGGAAAAAAAAGUCAACAUAAUCUUUACUAAUUUUAAAUGGGAAAACCCACAACUGUAUAGAUCUUUUGUCACUGGUCUGUGUACUAACGGAUACAACAGACAGCGAAAGAGCAGACUGGAAAUAAUAACUCGUUAUUAUUUUUUAUUUGAUAGUGACUCCAGAUACUGAUGGUUCAACUACAGAGUAGAAAAGUUAUAUUUGCUCCCUAUCAAAUUGUGUCUAACAUGGUCACUUAUUCCUCUCUCAACAGUCUCAUCUUCCCACCUUAUUUAACCAUCAUGACAUCCUCUCCAUAAUACUUCACCUUUUCCACAAUCUUCUCUACGCACUCCAACUUUCAGUAUCUUACUAUUUCCGAACUACUAGUGAAAGCAGUAGGAAUACUGGAAUAGUUUUACUUUCUGUCUUCCCUUAUCUCACAUUCCCAGAACCUGCACACAGUAUCUUAGUUUCUCCUAUAAAACCUUAACUCUAAGGAGUUCCUCUCAGUUCCCUCCUAUGCUCUUGAAUUACUGAUUAAGAAGCAGUAAUUCUGUGGCAAGCCAAACAGAAUAAACAGCCCGAGCUCACACUAUAAUCCUUCUCUCUACGAUAACACCCAUUAAGAUUUCUGUCCUAUAUCUUUUCAUGAAUUUUUAUGAAAUACUGACAGUAAGACAGACAAACAGGGCAAAAAAAUUGUACUUAGUGCUCUAGUCAGGCUAAAAAUAUAUUGGAUCAGCUGCACUCCAUCUAGACCUACUGAUUUGCUCUUCAAUCAGCUUCAAGAAACAUUUUUCCAGUUUUCUUGUGGGAAUGUAGGGGGAAGGUUGGGGAAUGCUUCAUUCCUUAAAUCCUUUUGCUUCAUAUCUAGGAUUCAGAUCAAAUGGCCCUGUUGAAAAAUCACCAACAACAUGAAGCCUCUGAUGCCUGUUACUUACAGGAGAGUGAUCAGGUGACCAUGCAAUGAAGAUCCAUUCAUAUCCUUGAGCAUUCUGAGAAUCUAAUCUGUAUAAUAUAUAACAUGGUUGCUUGUCUUCAAGAAGGGGAAGGACAAAGCAAUCGUAAUCCUUUUCCCAUGAUCCAACUGGCCGUCUAGAGGAUCCCACAACAAGCUGCUCUACAACCAAUAUAAAGCUACAGGUUAGCAACAACACAGUUAAUAUUGUUUUUCAAAAUUAACAAUCAAAAUAAGCAGUUAAUUGGACACUUUCGUAAUUAUGUCCACAAGAAUGGGAGUCAAGAACAGUCAACAUGAAAGCAACUGAAUUCCUAUAAAAGCUGUGUAUAUUCAAACUCUAACUCACUUUAACCAAAAUACAAACAUUUGAAAAGUAAUGUGCUGGUUGUUAUCAAAUUCUUUGAUCUGAAGUGAUACUACUGAUGUUAAUUUUUUUAGCAGCACAUACACAGAAGGGAAAUAAGAACUGUCUUCUGCCAGUUUAUUUUUAAAUUGAAAUGCCUAAGUACAAAUGAGAGUAACCUUUCAAAUUUUAUAAUUAUAAUUAUUGAUGCUCAUGCUAUAAAAUAUUAGUGUUUGCACCCAUUGUAAGGAGUCAAUAACUCAGUUAUACAGUGAAAAGAGUCUGGAAUGAAUAUGCUUGCAUUAAUCACUUUAACUUGACUAUGUAAGUAGAUAAACCUCUUUCUAAUACAGCUUCAUAGCUAUGGUCUUUAAAUGACUGAAGUUGUUUAUCAUGUAUAAUUGGCUUAAGUCUGUAUAGAGUACUUCAAAUGGUAUUUAAUUAUGUGAACAGCUGUAGCAACAAGAUUUUUCUGUUAUUUAUGCAUCAUAUCUCAGCUUCCAAAGGAAAGUAUUAGUAUACUGUCUUAUAAAACAUUUAUCAGCUUCCCAUUACGUACUAGCCCCUACAAUUGAAAUAGAAAUACCUUGUUUAAAUGGGAUCCUACAACAGUUUGAGGACCAUGGUAGUAGCUAGUAUACAAGUUACCUUUUCAGAGUCUAGGACUUAAUUUCUAGAACUUCAGACAAAAGUGAAACAGUAUACAAAUGCCUCUACAGCAAAAUUUCAAACAAAGGACCCUUCCACAGUAACUCAUAGAACAUGAACAGCUCAGGGCAAGGGUGUUUGGCCUUUCCCUAAAUUAGAUGCGAAGUAUUUGAAGUUGUACACCUAAACCAGAGUAUUCAGAAUGUACUCACCAAUUCUGAACUCUAGGUGGAUUUAUACCUACCUGGAUUUAAGACACAAUCAGUGGAACGCUACUGCCCUGCAGCAAACCUCUUCUCUUAUUAACUCAGAUUAGCAGAACUCUUAUUUGCCUAUUAUCUGUUGACUAAGGGCAAGGAGUAAGGACUAUAAUCUGUUGCUGAAAGCUCCUACAGACAGAUGAUGCAACUGUCCUUCUUUCAGUAUUCUGGGAGUUUUACAGGUUUCUUUUCAAACUGCAGAAAAUAGUAUCAAAGACUAGAUUUUGCUUCUAUAUAGAGAUGAAAUUGAUAUAUAUAUAAAAAUAUAUGUACAUGUAUACAUACACACAGAAAUGAAAAAAAUAGGGAAAGUUUUCCAUUUGUAUCUUAUUUCUAGGCUUCAUUUCAUAUUAUAAAGUUGCAUAUACACAAAAGCAUAUAGUUUUUUCUUGCUUAAUGGGGAAGCAAAAUUCAAUGGUAUGUCAACAUUUACUACCUUAUGCUACUGAGAAUUUACCACUGAGUCCUGCCUAUAAUAUUACUACUGCCACUUCCUUAAGGAAAGCUAUAUUAAAAUGUCAGAAGACUUCCUAAGUAAAGCAAACUUAAAUAAGGUAACAGUAGGUUAUUUGCCUAACAAUAAAAGUAUGUAUAUGUAUAUAUAUACAUGUACCUUUCUCCAGCUAACAGCUAUUUCAGUGUACUGUAAAUGAAUGAAGUCAAGAACAAAAAUCUUCAAAGUGGACAAAUUACACACUUGAAAAGAUGGACUAAACCAUCUUAUACAACCAAUCUGCAUUUCUAUUAAAGAAAAAAAUAAUUAUAUAUUCUAUCUUUCAAUGUUUGCAGCCUUGAUCCCUUGCCAAGAAGUUCAAAGAUCAAACUCAAGUUCUGACAGAAAUUAUGUAAUUUUCUAUUUAUACAUACAUGUGAGUUUUAAUUUUGAAAAUGUAUGUAAAGUUACAGAUUUUUAAAGAUAUUUUCCAUGUAGUCAGAUUACUACUUAAAUAUCUGCUUUAAUAGGACUUUCUACAUGCAGCUAAUCCCAGCAUAAAAGGCAGAUAAAAUUUACAGUUCAUCUAAGGUGACUAGCUAUUGUGUAAGACUAGCUUUCUGUCUCAUGAAAGUAACCAGAGUGCUAAAACACCACACAGGUGUAGAAAUUUUCUUUCCCUCUACUCUUUCUUUACUAAGAGAUAAAAGUAAGCCCAUUUAUAUUAUCCAUAUGAUAAAUGGAUCCAAGCAGUUAUUGGUAAAAUAUGACAUUUGGGAGAAAAAUUCAAAUGCAAAAAUACAGUAGCAUUGUAGUAAAAAGCUUAGCAUCACUAAAACUUAAAUUUUAACUUCUGUAUAGGAAAGACCUUAGUAACAUUAAGUUUGGCAAAGUUUUGUUUUUAAAACAAUUGUAGGUCAUUAAAACAACUAGGAAAAUAUCUAAAAGAAUCAGGGAAAAAAGAUUAAAAUUUUACUAACCAUUAUCAAUGACUAUUUUUAAAAGCCUAUAUUGUCCAUUUCUUGCACCAACAAAGAUGUCUUUAACACUUCCACUAGCUGAAAAAGAGAAAAUAAAAGUAAUCAAAUUAACACAUUUCACUUCCCUUGGACAAAGAACAUUCAUGAGGGUAAGAACAACACUGGAAAAACGUACAACUGGCCCUUUGCUAGAAAGUUGGACUGAAAAAGGAACACAGGAGUGAUGCUCCUCCUAUUCUGCAUACUGCUCCAGCCACCAGCAUGCCACAGAAAGAUGAAAGCCAACAUUAUGAAACCGCUCUGCUUUCUAGCAUACCAUAUGAUUUUCAACAGUGUGAAAAUUAAAGAUGACAUCUCAUCGAUCUCAGGUUUCAGAGUUAACACCUGAAAAUAUAAUAUGAUGCCUCUCAAAUUACGAUAGCUUCAUGAAGUCUGGAGGCUUAGUACAAACUUUCAGACAGAAACUUUACACCUGCCAGGAAAAUGUUAGAGUUUGUCUGGCAAAAGUGAUGAUCUUUCCUGAGUACACCUUUCCAAAGAGUACCAGUGAAAGCUUCCAGUCAUUGCUCAUCUUUAAUACCACCUUAUUUCCUUGUGUGUUGAUGACAUUGUUCAAGCUCCAACCUAUUGCAAUGGGAUAGGUUUAUAAUGAAUUUGCAAAGAAGUAACUAAAAUAUUUUUGAAUGUCUGUAAAUCACAUAGACAAAACACCAUAAACGUACAGACUCGCUUUCCUAAGCACACUGAAGAACUGUGCUUCAGUUGCGUGAAGAUCAUUCUUAUCUCAACUGCUCUGCUAUAUAAUCCGAGUGCAAAUCAGUUUAAUUAUACCAUGGGCAGGAUUUAUUGAAGAACAUUUAUUGCAAGUUGGUCCUUUAGUAAUCUCACAGCAUAGAUCGUUGUACCAGCAAAACAAACAUCAAACCAGGAAACAUAUAAAAUGGAUUAUUUAUAGUCAGGUUGAACAGGUGGUAUCCAGCAACAUUACUGCCCAUAUUCAAAAGAUUUUACAUUUAUGUCCAUCCAAAUGAUGCCAGGCCCAUUCUGAGAGUCCAAAAUGGCAUGGGAGGGAAAUACCAUGUUAAGCAAACUGAACUGCAUCGGGUUACCAGUUCAACCCCAGUUUCAUCCCAGUUAGUAUCUCCCCACUAACCAGUGCAGACCCUGCCAGUAAUUUGCUGCUAGCUUUUCUAAUCAUCUCUGCUGGUCCUCACCAUUCCAUUGAGCAAGCAAACAUUGCACCACUUUCUAGACCUUUUGGUUCCCCCAGGACUUUUUUUGUCCUCUUCUUGUCUAUUAUCUUUUUGUUCCUUAUUCUCUCAUUUCAACUCUGCGCACCAAAACAAGACCAAAAUACAGCAGUCCCUACACCAAUUUCAAAACUGUGACAGCUCCUCAAAGAAACAUUUUGAGACUCCUCUGAAACCAUCUUACUAUCAAAUUAUCUGUGAGUUUUUCCUCAUAAAGGCUUUUAAAUUUAUAACAGAAUAUUAUUUUCUACUUAAACUUUUUGCAUAGCAGAGGCCUACAGAAUCAAAUUUUGGAUUUAUUUCACAAAUAUUUUACAGGGAAUAUUAUUUUAAAAUUAUUUAGAAGAUUGUGAACAUAUUCUGUUGUAUUUUCCUACAGCUUAAUGCAUUCUGUGACUUCCUACACUAUUUAUCUGCACUGGCCUGUUUGAAAGUCCAGUCCUUUUAAGCAACUGCCUGGUACACAUCACUGUGCCCAUGACUUCAUUUCUGUUUCCAGAAAAGAGCAGCCCAUGCUGCCAAAUCUUGUAAUUGUUUAUGAGUGACAGUAGCCUGUUUGUAGCUAAAGCCAGCAAUGGCACAAAUAGAGCUAUUCCUCUUCCAAAUUGCAGAAGCUUUGCUGCAAACAGGACUCCUGAUUAGUGCCUGUGAGGCAGGAUCCAUGCAGGAAAGCUGCAGAGUUCUCCACAACUCUCCUCAGAGGACAAAUGAUUCUCAAAGACAUGAAGAGGAGCAGCAGAAGAGGGAAUGAAGAGCCACUAACACUUUUCUCUGGACUGGAAAAAACAAUUCCAGAUGCACCUCUAGCUUGAAAAGGGUUGACAAACUUAAAACAGGCAGCUGCAAAAAAGACCAAAGACUGGCAUGCAGAGGAAGGAAAAGAAGAAAAGCAAAAGGGUGCAAACUACAUACAGCCAAUGGACAAAAAAGGGCAUAGACGAACAACCAAGAGCUGUCGUGGCUGGGACAAAAGUCACCUUCAACAAUAAAUAUGGGAGAGCAGGCAAAGUACAUGGUACUAGUCACUGAAUACACAGAUUGCAGAAAUCGAGACAGUAAAACCCGACCCCUCCAUAAUCCUGCAGUAUAAUCCCUGCUUAGCAAUUCUGUGAUUCGGGGGACCUGCUAAUACUAUGAAACAAUACGCUGUCGUCUUCUACUUGCUCUUCGCUUACUCCAAGGCCUGGAAACACGGGGAGAAAACGUUCCCAUGCACUUUUCCCCUUGGUGGCCUCCAGAGAUGGGCUUUUUAGUGGACUCUCCUGCUCCAGGGUUCCUGCUUCUCCUCGGGGCUCCAGGAGGGACCCGGCAGCGAUCCCCCGCAUUUCCCUCGCUGUCCAACCCAUCCCAAACCCGCGGCUGCGACCCCGAGCAGGCGACAGCCCCCGGCUCAGCGCACACCCCGCCGCGGCAGGAAAACCUGCACCGGGGGAAGUUACCUGAGCCUAGGGUGGCCCUCCCCGCCAUUCAUGGGGCUCUGCAGGGAACACUUUCCAAGGGGGAGGAUAGGGGCAGUUCGCCGUGAGGAUAAACCCUGCGGGCUUCGCCUCACUGGGGACAGAGCUCUGGGCUCGACGCCGAGGGCCGUCGGCCGCCGGGGCCGAAACCAGCAGCAGUUCCCCCCGCCCGCUCGCCCCCUCCCCCCUCCAUCCCGCGGCGCAAACGACGGACUCCUCCGGCAGCAAACAAAGGGCGCAGCAGUGGGAAAAACCGCACCGGGAACGGCCCGUUAACCGCCCGCCGCGGCCGCCUCCCCCCGUGCCGCGCCCCGACCCGCGGGGAAAGGCGCUCCGCCCGCCUCCCGCCUGGCCGGCGGGGGACAGGAGAGACGGGGACCGGCUGUCAAGAGGAGCAGCAAGCACCGCGGAGCGGAGGCGGCGGAGAGAGCCGCGCGGGUACCUUGUAUGCCGGUCUGGUGGGACAUGUCGCACCGCCGCUCCGGGACACCGCACCCGCCGCCGCCGCCUCCCGCCCGCCCGGCACAGCCCGGCCCGGCCCGGCCAAGCGCACGUGACGCUCCGCCGCCACUCAGCGGCCGGGAGAGAGCGCGGCGCCUUCCGGGCCCCGCCGGCCCGGGCCGGCACGGGGGCUGCGGGCGGAGGGCACCGCGCUGGCGGCCCUGCCCGGCCCUGCCGCUGGGAUCCCCCCGGCCUCGCCGCCCCGUGCCCGCUCCUCCUGCCAGCUCCUCUCGGUGCUUUAGAACGGGGAUGGGGCGCAGCCCUCCCUUCUCUUGCUGCCUUUCCUCUCCUCUCCUGUCGCCCUCUUCAUCUGCCGUCCCAGAGCCUGCGGGACACGGGCAUCUCCGGCGCAGCGCCUGCGGUCAUCCUGCCUGGCAGGAGGGGACAUAUGCUUCUCCCUUCCCGGGCUGACCGAAGUACUAAGAAAUAACUUAGGUGAAUUUAGUUAAUCUGUAGGAGUCUGCGGUGGAGACCUCUUGCUCUUGGUUGGAGCAGCGGGGAAGGAGGCAUCAGGUGUGACAGCAGGCUGCCUGUGUGUACUAUAAACUUUAUAUUGAACAGUCCUUGACAAAGAACCCACAAGUCAGGGCACAGAGCCCAGACCCACGGCUCGCUCAGAUCAAGCCCUUGCCCCUGACAAGGCAGUCUUUCUCUGUUAAUUUUGCAGUAUUUGGUACAUGGUGGCACUGCAUCAGCAGAAACAGUGGAGAUUCUUCUACUUCACUGUGGAUCUGGCGGGUGAGCCACUCAUCUGCCUAGGCAGGGCAUGGAUCCAGGCAGAGAAGGGGUACAUCUGCUUCUCAGGGCCCUAUCCACACAGCCAAAGGCUUUUAAGCCUUUUCAACCUGUUUGCCUCAGCUUUUUCUUUUAAAGUUUUCUGUGAAGCAGUCCUGCCUCGUGAUUUUAAGCAUGCUCUGAAGGUAGGUUUGCUUUUGUAGCUCUUUCCCAGGCACAUCUGUCUACAGGUUGAGAAGCACCAUCCUCUUAACAACAACAAGAUGGGUACUGUAUCUCCUUUAAAAAUCGCUUUAGUGCCAUGUAGUCAGCAUUUUUAAUCUGUGCUGUGGUCUGAAUUAGACUCCACAGGAGAAAUGUGCAUGCUGUAGGCACUUAAUGCUGAUGAUUCCUUCAGAUUCCUGGGAGUUAGCAGGUUUUAUGGGGUGCUAUUCAACCUGAGAACCUAAGUACUGUAAGAGGGUAUACCAAAUAUCCAGCCCAAUGGACCAGGCAAGAAUUGAAGAGUAAGGCAAACACAUGGUAAUCCUUCCCUGGUUCACCUUCCCAGCCUCCAGAGUGCUGCAGCUCAGGAAUUUCUGAAGUCAGCUGUGUUGAUAAAUGUGAGUGCCUGCACUUUGUCAGAUCCCCAGUUUAAAGAACAUGAGGGAUUUAGUGUCCUAUUUGGGAAAUGUAAAACAGCACUCUUACUAUUACACGAACUGUGCCGUGUAAUGCUAGUCCAGCAAAUGCAAAGUUGAUAUGAAGACACGUCAUCAGCUAAUGAGCUGGGACUAACAGCAGUUGAGGAAAACCACAAAGCUGCAGUUCAUCUUUCUUCUAGCAAAAAGGAUGAAAGAAACAGGGAAAAGACUUAAUGUGAAACCAAGAAAUGAGAGACAGGUGGUGCCUACCACCUCAGAGAUCAGCUCUAGUUCCUCUAUUGUAAGCCUCCAGUACCAUAAGAAAGCAAGCCUUGGAGAAGAGUUUUUUCAACAGGAAAGGAGUACUAGAGAUCCAGCCAGAGAGGCAACCAAAGAUGUGGUUCUAUCACAAUUACUUUAAAUCACUUGACCCCACACCUGCCCCAGAUUCUGAGUUCUUAGUUCCUCCCUCUUUUGGUGUUAGUGCUUGUAAAGGAUAGGGAGGUUUAUUUGUUAGCAUAUGUAUUAAGUAACUUUUUUCUUUUUAUUGAUUAAAUUUUAUUCCCUGUAUUUGAAUUAUUUUUUUUCUAGUAGAUAGAAGAUUUUUGUAUCUAAUUAAGGCUGUGAUUGUUUUGGUAGAGACAGCAUACUGUAGUUUCCCAGGUUUUAAAAAAGAUUUUUUUAACUGAAUAAUAAAUGACAUUUUGAAAGAGGAAAUACUUUUAAUAGACUUUGAUGCAAUAUUUUCUGUGUGACAUCUGGGUCUUGUUUUCAGUGUCUUUAUUGUCUUUCCCUAUACAUUUACUUCUUCAUUGAUUUAACAAUUCUCUAUUCACUUAUGCUUGUUUAUUAAAUGCUGUCGUUAUAAUCUCUGUGGAAUCAUCAGUUCAUUCAGUUCAUAGUUUGCUAAUGUUAUGUGAGCAUUUUCUCCUGUUGUAAUGUUGCCAGGAAGGCCUGUCCCAGGUUUGACUAUAAUUGUCCACCUGACAAUGAAAAUGCGUGUAUUUUUUUUACAUACAAUUCUUAUUACUGCAUUCUGUGCCUAUAUUGAGGUGACACUUAAAACAUUAAACUCAUUUCCAACAGCA